CCUCUCCAAUCGCUAGCACCUAAAAUCCAAAUCUUCUACAGAAAGGAAACGGAAUAGGGAGGAUGAUUUCGGCCGUCGAAUUGCAGGCUCUGAAUCCGACUGGACCUUUGCUAGAUCCGCAGCAAGGUGGUGCCCUUGGGCCUCCUUCCAUCCACGGAUCCGAGCACCCCACGGUCGCGGCUCUAUUGGACGAGAAAGGACGAAUCCUAGUCGAGCUCAGCUAGAUCAGCAACGCGGCGGCGCCCUCGGCCUCCCCCUCGUUGCCUAUAUUAGCAGUGCGAAUCCACGCCGGAACCCAACGCAACCCUUCCGCCCAUCGAUCCGGGCAAGAAACCAAGAAACCAAGACGCAGAGCAGAGCAAGAAGAGGGGAUCCUCCCCUUUCCAUCCAUCGAUCCGAGCAAGAAACCAAGACGCGCAGCAGAGCAGAGCAAGAAGAGUGGAUCCUCUCCUUCCCAUCCAUGGAAGCCUCCAAGUUCGGGUUCGGCCGGAGCAUGCCGCCGGCAUUCAAGUUCGACCCCACUGACGCCGACAUCGUCGCCUACUACCUCCUCCCCCGCGCGCUCGACCUCCCCAACCCUUACGCGCGCGCCAUCAUCGAGGACGAUCCCCGCAGCGCCCCGCCGUGGGAGAUCCUGCAGAUGUACGGCGACGUCGACCACGUCUUCUUCUUCGGCCCGGCCACGGACCCGUCCCGCAACGCCGGCCGCAGGAGCCGCACCGUCAAGGGCGGCGUGUGGCAGGGGCAGAAGGGGGUCGAGGACACCGUCACCCUGGUCCGCCCCGGCGGCGGCGAGGUCAACAUCAGGUACAAGCGCUACGAUCUCUCCUUCUACCUCACCAACGGCAGGAGCAGCACCGGCUACGUCAUGCACGAGUACGAGAUCCUCUCGCCGCCGCUCCCCGCCACCGUGCUCACCCGCAUCAAGGUCACCGGGAAGCUCAAGAAGCAGCGGGCCGCCGCCCCCGAACAACAAGUCCCAGACCCUGGGCAGCCGGGCCCGAGCUACAAGUUCGAUGACGCCUAUGGCGGUGGCAUCGUCCAUGACGGCGGCUACUACACUACUCCUCUCCAGUAUGAGCUCCCUUUGGUCCAGUACGACGAUUACUGCAUCUCGAUCCCAGACCAGCCGGGCGCGAGCUACAACUACGAUGCCGCCGCGAUGGACGGCGAGGGAUGCGCCGAGGCGCAAGCCAGUACUUCCUAUGGCAGCGGCGGGAUGGUGGAGAAUGCCGGCUCCUACUUUGAUCCUUCCGGCGACGUCCCUGAGUGUGGCGCCGACUACAGCAACUACUACGCCGAGUACCAGCAGUGGCAAUGUCAGCAGGACCGGAGCAACCAAUGCCAGGCCGGAGAUGCCGCCGUGGUGUCCGGCGGCGGCGAGCAACAAGCCGGUGGCAACAGCGAUAACGGCAGUGUCGUGGGAACCGAGACGAGUGUCUCAACAUCUUCGCUAUGCGACGGGGCGGUGGACUUGUACGACGCCAGCUUCUACAACAUGUUGGUCUGCGACGACGACGGCUUCAAGUGCGAGCAGGCUGAUGAACCACAUUACUGAUGCAAUUUCUUGUAUUGAUGAUCCACAUUACUCAUUCUCUUGCAGAAAUAUUCUUUUUCAAUAGAAAGAACAAAAAAGCUGCUUUUUUCUGCGGACAGAUUGUAUGGAACUAAUCAAGGUCUCAUUGUGUAGCUUAGCGAUUUUUUUCUGAAUUAUACAUUGCUGAGUGAGAUUUCCUGAAUUAUAUGGCAUUUGCAAGCCCCAUUUCGUGAUAUGCACCAGAGACACUGGUCACUUGCUUUGAGGAGAUGGCUUGAUGAAUCUAAGCAAAAUCAGUACAA